AUGGCGCGCCAUAGGAAUGUAAGGAAUCGAAACUAUUCCGAUGAAUACGAUUAUGAUGAUGUAUACGGGCAUUCUGUUGAAGAAGACAGCUGCUUGUCACCAAGUGAUACAGCACAGUGGAUGUAUGAUCGUUCUGGAAAUCAACAUGCUAUAGCAAACUUUUUAGACAGUCGAAAUGAUAUUCAAGAAGAGAAUGAAGAUUUACCAGAAUCUACGAUGCCAGUUUUGGAACGACGUGAGUCAAUGGACUUACGCGGCCUUAACUUAAGUGAAGACGAUGAAGCAAAACUAAUGUCAUGUCUCGAUGAGCUAAGAAAUAUUUUAGGGGAUACGAUUCCAGAUAAUAUUCUAAUAAAAUCUGUGCUUAAACACAACUUUAAUUAUAACCAAGCUUUAGAUGAAAUAUUAAACGACAAUAAGGGUAAAAGUGAUGAAAUAAUUAAUACAGAACCAGUUAACCAACCACCUGCAAUUAUCGAACCUAUACCUAUGCCUAUUAUGCCUAGUAAGGUGGAUACAACACCAAAAGUAAUUGCUACUAAAGUGGAGCCUAAUAAAGUUGGAGUGAUUAAAGGUUUCAAAAUAGGAGAUGAAGAUGUUAGAAGUCCUUCACAAACACCAAGAGAUCAGUCUCCAGCUUUCAGAGAAGGAACUCCUAGAUCAGACCAAGUGGAUGAUAAUAAAAUUAUAACAAAAGUUAAAGAAAACAAAGUUGACCCUAAAUUACAAUAUACAAAUGAGAGAGGAUCUGAAAAGGACCACCUGUAUAUAGUGGUUAUUGGUCAUGUGGAUGCAGGAAAGUCUACACUGAUGGGCCGUCUUCUGUGUGAUCUAGGUGAAGUUAGCCAGAGAACAUUGCAUAAGUAUGAGCAAGAGAGUAAGAAAAUUGGAAAACAAAGUUUUAUGUAUGCUUGGGUAUUAGAUGAGACUGGUGAAGAGAGGGUGAGAGGCAUAACAAUGGAUGUAGGAAGGGCACAGUUUGAAACCAAAACAAAAAAAGUUAUAAUCUUAGAUGCUCCAGGCCACGCUGAUUUUAUUCCUAAUAUGAUCACAGGUGCAGGACAAGCAGAUGUUGCACUUCUUGUUAUAGAUGCAACAAGAGGUGAAUUUGAGUCAGGUUUUGACCUUGGUGGUCAAACACGGGAACAUGCCUUACUUGUCAGAUCUCUCGGAGUGAACCAGCUAGCUGUAGCUGUAAAUAAAUUGGAUACCAGCAAUUGGUCUCAGGAGAGGUUUGAUGAAAUUACUAAAAAACUUAAAGCCUUUUUGAAACAGGCUGGCUUUAAGGAUUCUGAUGUAACAUAUGUGCCUUGUUCUGGUUUGACUGGUGAAAAUUUGGUGAAAUCUCCAAUAGAGCCUGAGUUGUUAAAGUGGUAUGAUGGACCUUGUUUGCUUGAUGUUAUUGACAAAUUCAAUGUUCCUCAAAGACCUGUAUCAAAACCAUUGCGUAUGUCAAUAAAUGAUAUAUUCAAAGGUACAGGUUCUGGAUUUUGUGUGGCAGGACGUAUUGAAAAUGGUGUUAUAAACAAAGGAGACAAAGUUCUAGUGUGUCCUACAAAGGAAAUAGCAGAAGUGAGAAGUUUGAGUAUAAAUGAUCUGGUAAGCAAUGUUGCAUUUGCUGGUGAUCAAGUUAGUGUAACAUUAUCAGGUGUUGAAAUGCAGAAUGUCUCUACAGGCUACAUUUUAAGUGAUCCAAUUCAACAGGUACCGGUAACCUCAAGAUUUGAAGCUAGAUUGGUAGUUUUUAAUGUAAAGGUACCCAUAACUAAAGGUUUCCCUGUCCUCAUUCACCACCAGUCAUUGGUAGAGUCUGGAAAUAUAGUUAAACUUAAGGCAUUAUUGAAUAAAAGCACAGGAGAGAUUUUAAAAAAGAAGCCUAGGUGCUUAGGUAAUAACUCAGUAGCAGUUGUAGAAAUAGAAGUUUGCAGGCCAAUUUGUAUUGAGAAGUAUAAGGAUGUUAAAGAACUGGGGCGUGUUAUGCUAAGAGUUGCAGGUGUUACUAUAGCAGCUGGGCUUGUGACAGAUAUUAUUAGCAUU